AUAAAAAAAACUAAAUAAACAACGUCUCUACAUUAUUUGACUCGCCGGUUGUUGUUUCCUUUCAUCGCGGCGACGGUGGUGGAAAUAAGCAAUGGAUGUUGACGAAGCAGAUAACACAGUUUUAGCUUCGGUCGGGCUCAAUUCCCCAGUUUUUCGGCAGAAUGGAGUUUUUUCUCCUGAAGAUCUUGCUUGGGUUGAUUCCUGUCUAAAUAAUGAUUUCGACAUUUCAGAAAGUGAUUGGAUCCCUUUGAGAGAUGCUUUGUUAGAAAUUAUCAGUUCCCAAUCUCAAUCCUUCGGCGUCGAUGGUGGAGAAGACAAUGAAAGUCACCCCUACAGAGAGGAGAAUAAUAUGACUUUAGAACUCAAUCAGCAACCUUCAACUUCUGAUGCAGAGCGUUUGCCAAAUCCUUCUUCUACUUAUGAUGUUAGCCUAAUAAGUAUGGCUACAGAAACAACCAGUGAUGAAAUUCCCGACAAUGAAUUGAAUGGGACUUUGCCGUCUUCAACUUUUUCGGGAAAUCCUUUUCUCCCAACUUAUAAUGAAGACCUGAAGUAUAAUGAAACAUUUGAUUAUGGACUUAACUUGGAUUCUGCAAAUUAUGAGAUGGAGCAGACAUCUGAGAAUAUCUUCAAAGUCUGGGAUUUGGAUUCUGUAACUGAUGAGCUGGAGCAAGCAUCUGAGAACAUAUUCAAAGUAUGGGAUUUGGACAUUCCAUCUGAGGAAGGUGAGCUAGUUAAACAAUUGAAAAAAGCCCUGUCGGAGAAUUCUUUGCGGACGGAGCCAUCAGCUUUUGAUGUUUCCGGGAAGGACCUGAAGGAAGUGUCACUUGAUGAUCUUAUUGCUGGCAUUGCUGAUUUGUCUCUAAAUAAGAAAGUUUAGUGUUCGUUGAUUUAUUUUCGUUUAGAUUCUAGUCUAACUAUUUUCGCUCUAUAUUUCAAAACUUUUCUUGCAGCACCUCAGGUUGAGUUUUUGUUUUUCUUUUAUUAUUUCAUCUUGAACAAUUAUGACUGAGGCCUCUACUAUCAGAGCAUUGUGUUUGAUGUCAUUGUUGUACAGAGAUUUAGACUUA